CCCGCAGUUGUUCACCAAGUCUUCGACGAGAACUGUGAAGAGAGAAAGAGUGAGCGAGCGAGGAAGUGAGCGAGGCUCCCAAUCGAACAGACCGAGUCGUCUCUCACUCUUGCUCCCUCCUCCGCGGCCACACAGCCCUUUACAAGAGUCGCGAAUUGCAUUCCAUGUUUCUCAUCUUCGACGAGCAAAAGCUUGUAGUUGAACUGCUACAAGUUUAUUUGUUGAGAUCCACUUCUCGUCCUUCUUUCUGUCUGCUCCUCUCGUUCUCUCCUCUCGCGGUCAUUCCCGACAUACAGCAGUUGUAGAUCUCGCCUCGUCUAGAGGUCGAUAUCUGUGUAGAAAAUAUAUCUAGUAGAAAUAUACAAAUCACCUGUUUCUAUCUCCGUCGGAUUAAUAUACAUAUUUCUAGUCUAUACAAAUCGAAGUAAUUUCUAUCACCUGUCUAUCAAUUCACCUCCAUCAGUGUGCUCUGCUUAGUGUUUUCUAUCUGUCGAAUCUAAAUCCGUCUCGAUUUGGAGUGGGGCGAUCGAGCGGCGAGAGUACAAGCUUGUUUUAUAGAACAUUUGAAAUCCGAACAAUGGCAGGAGCUGUGAACUGCUUGACGGGCAGCACCUUCUUGCCAGGAUUCGUGGGGCGAGAAAUCUGUCUUAAUGAAGCCUCAGUGCAGAAGCGAGGAAGCGUCAGGUUGCAACCUCAGGCCAUGCGCCGGCAGCAAAGCAAAAGCCACCACAAAAUGCCCACUGCUGUUCAGGUUUCUGCAGCCGACCGGAAUGUGAGAUCUAGAGGCAACACUCAGGUUAGCACGGUGAGGCAGGAGGAGUCGAUGUCGACGCCCAUCUUCUCCGAUGUCGGGGCGGGCCUGACCAUGGCCGAUCGAAUUCGGGCAAUCGAGGCGGAAAUCGCCCGGAUGAAGCUGGAAGUGGCAAUUCAAGACGAGGCGGUGAUAGGAGUAGAGCAAGAGGUUAUCGAGCAGCAGGAGAAGGCCAUGGAUUUGUUUAGGGAAAAUCAGGAGGCCCAGACGACGCCCGCCGCGCCGGCCAGGCAUCCUUACGCCCACCUGCAGGUGAGCGAGAGGUGGGAGGAAAUUCAAGGCAGCGAGAACUGGGACGGGCUCCUGGACCCCAUGGACCCGGUUCUGCGAGGCGAGAUGAUGCGCUACGGGGAGUUCGCGCAGGCCACGUACGACGCCUUCGAUUCCGACAGCCACUCGCGAUUCUGCGGCAGCUGCAAGUACAACAAGAAGCAUCUGCUCGAGAAGAUUGGGCUCAAGAAUCGCGGCUACGAGGUGACGGAUUACCUCUACGGCACAUGCGGCGACAACCCCAUGGCCAGCUUCUUCCAGAGAUUCGACGCCGAUCACAAGGACGACGAGAAGGCCUGGUCCCGCGAGUCGAAUUGGAUGGGCUUCGUGGCAGUUGCGACGGAUCCCGAGGAGAUCGCUCGACUCGGACGCCGCGACAUCGUCGUGGUCUGGCGAGGCACCGUCACCAAGCUCGAGUGGCUCGAGAAUCUGAGGGACUAUCUGGCUCCCAGCGAGCUCGAUCGCCGGAAUGCAGGUGAAACUCCAAUGAACAUCACCGACCUCAAGGUGGAGGCUGGAUUCCUGGCUGUCUACAAGACCAAGAACGAAAAAUCUCCCUACACGAAGAAGAGCGCUCGGCAGCAGGUGCUCGAGGCUGUCAAGAGGUUGGUGCAGAAGUACGGGCAGGAGGAGAAUCUCAGCAUCACCGUGACAGGGCACAGCCUGGGCAGUGCCCUGGCGAAGCUGUCGGCCUACGACAUCGCAGAGUCCAGAAUCAACCACCGCACCAAGGUUCACUGCCGGAAGCAUGUCAUCCCGGAGCAGUGGGGUGAGGAUCACGAGCUUUCGGACGAGGACAGCGGGUAUUCUUCUUCUGAUUCGGAGGAGGAGGAGAUGGGCGAUAUCCCGAUCACGGUCUAUUCUUUCGGAGGGCCCCGAGUGGGGAAUGACGCUUUCAGAGAUCGCGUGGAGCAGCUCGGAAUUCGAGUGCUGCGCGUGGUCAAUGAAAACGAUCGAGUGACCAAGCUCCCCGGUGUGCUGAUCAACGAGAAGUGGCAAUUCCUCGAGAAAAACCUCAAGCCCUUCUGGAACUGGUUGGAGACUCUUCCCUGGACUUACAGCCACAUCGGAGUAGAAUUCAAGCUCAACAACCUCAACUCACCGUUCCUCCGGAGAACGAAGGAUCCAUGGAACGCUCACAACUUAGAGGCCUACUUACAUCUUUUGAAUGGAUUCCACGGAUCCAAUUUGCCUUUCUCACCGGCGCUUCCUCGAGACCUUGCCCUGGUAAACAAGGGUACUAAUCUUCUUACUCCGAACCAUUACAUUCCACCCACUUGGUGGCAGGAAGAGAACAAGGGUCUUGUUCUCACAGAGGAUGGUCAUUACGUAGUUCGCAGUAGGGAUAUUGAAGAUUUCCCUGAAUACGAUCUGGAUCUGGAUGAAGAUAUGGAAAAUUGCGAGUUUCAAUAAAAUUUAGUUUAUAAAAUCCGCCCAUGUGAACUGUCUCGAAUGAUUCUCUGUUUCCAACACUAUUGC